CCAGAACACGAUGGGAGUGGCCAGGGUAUGGCGCGAAGCUGAAGGGGGUUUGUGGUCAUGUCUAGGUGGGAUGCAGCUAAUGUCAAAAGUUACAUUUUUGGGUCUAGUCAACAUUUUACCUAAUGCUCAUAACCUGUUUCUAAUCUAAAUUCUAACCACAAUUUAAAUGUUUGACAUUUGCUGUGUCCAUUUAUCAACUGGGAUUACUUGCAUGGUGCUAGUGGUGUACACCACUUGGCUGGUAUUUGUUAUCCCUUAAAAGUGAUAUUUCAUUUGAGUUUGAAGUGAGCAUGGCUGACCGUUUUAAUUAGUCUGUUAGGAGCAUCAUUGUUUUGGUGUGGUUUAGUGGGAUCUUAAAAUGUUAAUCGAGGGUCAGAUAAAUGACCCCUAGUACAGUAGUCAGAGCAAAACAAAUGUCUUAGUAUGUGUACAACUAUAUAUAGCUAUAUAGAAGCGGUCUCCUGUUGACCACCCUGAUCCUGCCUGUCACCUCUCCACCGUAGGGCACAGAAAGCCGCCAUGACACUUAAUCAGAUUACAUUUUCCUCUGCUCGGAGUAAUACUGCAGGUCCGGAAAGCAGAGUUGGGCAGUGAGGGAGGUGGGAAGUCGUCUUUUCCGUAGGGUUGGGACUGUACUCACCCUCCAUACCGCUCUGCCCAACACUGGGACCAUGAGUGCACAGCCUCCUGCUAAGGAGGCCACUCCCUGUGAGUAUGCUGGCAUACUAGGGGACAGCUCGGAGUCUGACCAAGAGCCCAGUCCAGAGGACCAGCUGGCUGCCUCCUGGGAGAACCUUCCUAUACUGGAAAGACUGGGCCUCGGCAUUGGUACAGAGAUGACUGAAGAGGAGGUAGAGAGUGCAUUUACCCAGCUGGCUCUGGCGUUCCGUUGUGACCGGUACACCCUGGCCCAGAGACUGCAGGCUGAGGAACACGACAGAACCGUGGCCCAGGAGAACCUCAACCUGGAACUGGAGAGUGCCAGAGACACUCUGCAGUCUCUGAGAGGUAGGUGUGUAGACACUGAGCGGUCAGAGAUGCUGAGUUGUAUCGAGGCCAGUCUAGACACAGUGCUGGACGGCGUGAGUGACAUCAUCGCUGCUGCUGAGAUGCUGGGGGUCGUGCACCAGGAAGCGCGUGUUUGUUGUUCUGUGGAAAUUAUGGAGGUUCAUGUGGAACACCUGAAGCGUCGACAUGCUGUGGAGAGCGCCGAGCUGCUGGAGACCAGGAAGCGGCUCCACCGCAGCCGGGGCAGGAAUCACAGUGACUCAGAGGAAGGAGACGUCAGGAAUCGGUUUGUCAGACGAGACUCCCUACAGACCCUCACUCGGCGAAGAGUCAGCGUAACACUGAUCCCAACGGGGUCCCAGCUCAGUGACCUAGAUACCAAGUUCCAGGAGGGUUGCAGGGCCGGUGCUGACACUGACAGCCAGGGGCCAGAAGUAGGCAGUGUGAACCAAGCCAGCAGGCCCUCUGAGAUGAUGUCCCCCCUGGCAAUCCCAUCCCCCCACUCCACCCUCCUUAUUAGACAGAGCUCAACACAGAGCUCCCAGAGCCUGGAGGACGAGAGCGAGAGAGCCCCUCACACCAGUUCCCUGCAGAUGACGCUACGUCACAGGCGGAGGUCUGCCGUCCUGGAGGGUGAGGCCGAAGCCGAGGGGUCAGGGGUGGAGUCAGCAACGGGGUCAAGAGCAGGGUCAAUAGCUGGCACAGCCGAGCCCAGUGAGCUCUCUAUGGCCGACUCAGUCUUCACCUCAGAGCCGCUAGAGGUUCUGUCAGAGCAGAAUCUCCUAGCAUCCUGGCUAUCUUACUGUCGCUGGGUCCUGGUGGUACUGCUCCUCCUGGCUCUCUCUUUCUUCAUCUUGCUGGGGUUCCUACUCUGGGGCCUGAGGGUUCCUCACCACAGCCCUAGCUUCUGACAUCUCACUUCUGCAGCACUGUCUCAGCUCUACACCACAGAGGUCUGGGUUCUAAGAUAUGACUUUUGUACCACUGUUCUGAGCUUCCCACCGCUUCCAUGGACUGGGCCCACACUACCUGCGAUAACAUGUUGAACAAAUUGCUUGCACUCUACCUGUAAUGUGAUAGAUGUAAUAUGUUCUAUGAUAUCUGUGCAUAUUGUUUGUGUUUUCAGCUGUGCAUGACAAAUUACAUGAAAUUAACAAAAUUGAUUUUUGUACCUGUGUUUAGAUCAAAAUCAAAUUGUAUUCGUCACAUGCUUUGUAAACAGCAGGUGUGGACUUAGUGAAAUGCUAACUUACAGGUCCUUACCCCAACAUUGCAGAGAGAAAGGAAAUAGAGAAAUAAUAGAGAAGUCAAACAGGUAAUAAUAGAUACAAUAACUUGGCUAUAUACAAGGGUACCAGUACCGAGUCGAUGUGCAGGUGUACAAGGUCAUUGAUGUAAUAUGUACAGUUGAAGUCGGAAGUUUACAUACACUUAGGUUGGAGUCAUUAAAACUCGUUUUUCAACCUCUCCACAAAAGUCUUGUUAACAAACUAUAGUUUUGGCAAGUCAG